UCAAAUUUGGUUGCUUAAUGUCUGUCAAAUUGUAAAAUAAUAAUGGCAAAUGUUUUGAACAGAAUUAUAAAUAGCAGUGUUUCAUCACUGCUACGGAAACAUUAAACACAGUAUUUAAAUGUAGAUCUAUUUCUAGAAGUAACAGCAUUCCUAUACCAAAGGUUUUACAAUGGAAGAAGCCAAAAAAGAUCAAACUACAGAAGAAAGGCGACUAUGGAUAGGAAAUCUCGAUCCAAGGGUCACCGAGUAUCACCUUUUGAAACUCGUGCAAAAACAUGGUGCCAUUGAAAAAUUUGAUUUAUUGUUUCAUCGAACCGGACCCUUAGCUGGCCAACCACGAGGUUAUGCUUUUGUUACAUAUAUAAAUAAGGAUGAUGCUGUUCGUGCUAAAGAUUUACUCAAUAAUGUAUUAGUAGGCCAAAGAAGUAUUAUGGUUACGUGGGCACAUAGUAUAAAUAACGAGGAUGUAGAGAAGCCCCGACCCGAAAUAAAUAUUCCAGCUUUAGCGAUGUCCAAAAAUGAAAAGAAAGCAGACAGAGAAUCUCAGAUUCAAGCGAUAGAAGCAAAAUUAAAAUUAAUGGAGAAGAAGGCUGAAGAUGAGCUCAAGAUUAACGAUACAGUCGCUACUAAGCCAUCUGUUAUUACACAGUUUCAGUACAAUAAACAAGGAGUUACCAAUUGUAAUACAUUAAAAACAAAAACGAUAGUAAAAAAGCAUGAUAGGUUCAAUAAACCUUAUGUAAAACAUAAAAAUAGUAGGUAAUUGUAAAUUGUGCGAACAAGAAAGAAUCUCAGGUCAUUUUAUUUAUUUGUGCGACUCUUGAUUAAUCGUAUUCUUAACUCUUGUAUUUUGCAUUUAUUUAAUGCUCUUUGACUGUAAUUUAUGUUGUAAUUAAUUUUUUACAUUUUAACAAUUAAGUGAUGUGGAUUUAUCUAACUUAUUUUAAGUAUUAAAAUUUGUUAUAGUGAUUAAAUAUUUAACUUGUUCUUAAUACAUUCUAAAAUCUAUUUUUCAACUAUAAACGAGGCGUUAGAUUAUUUAAAUGAAGUGUUCCUGCGAGAGGUCAAAUCUUUUCUGUAGUAUGAUAAACUUCAGAAUAAACGUAACUGUUGGUUCAAAA